GUUCCACGUUCGAAAUGAAAGGCCUUACGACGGCUCUACUGAGCCUGCUGCUGAUUGCGGCCAUCGUUCCCACGUACGAUUGCUUUAUUUUCUUGUACAUUCCCAUGUGGAUCCAGCAGCAGGUGUCGGCACUGAACGGACUGUUCUCUCCACCACCCGGUGCCGCUGGUAAUGGUUCGAAUGUGGACGGACUAGGAAUCAACACCGCAGGACGACGUCGACGUGAUCUGUUUAGCCUCCUACCCCCACCAGGUCCGCUGGCACGACGUCCUCUGUUGGGUGCACCACCAGCUCCGGCUCCCGGUGGUGGUUCCCCGGUGGUACCCAACAACCUACCACUGAGUGGCCUCCUCAGCGGGGGUCUUCCCAGCAACCUGUCCUCUCCGUUCAUUCCACCCAUCCCGGCCAAUUACACGCAAGCGUUCGAAACGCUGGUGACGCAGUUCCGGACACUACCCCUCAACGGUAUGGACAGCAUCGUUCGGUCGCUCUCGACGGCCUACAACAGCUCCUUCAGCCGAAUGUUCACGGAGAAUGGGUUCAAGCGGAUCAACGCAUCGCUCGAGCAAGCCCGAUCGGUGAUCGGCCGCGGCGUUGACUCAAUCGUCGAUCAGGGUAUGCAAGGCUUCGAGCAGGCCAUCGCCAGCUACAACCGCUCGUCCGGACGCGUUCAACAAUGCGUCGGCCGGGAGCUGAAACCGACCGCCCUGGCACGACGCGUGGUGGGCAAAGGAAAACGCUGCGUCAACCGGAAGUGGAACGAACUGUCCCAGAUCGGUAGCGACAUGGCGAACGACAUCGUGACGGCGGACACCGGGGCCAGGGAGUUUCUGGGCAACUUAAGCGCCUGCCAGGCGGCCAAUCUGGCACCGAACGCGACCAGUGUGACCGAGCUCAACACCCAGCGCAGGCAGUGUUACGUGCGGGCGAUCGGGAGCUUCCCCAUGUCGAUGCUGUUCAUUCCGGUCAACUUGGCGGUGAAAGCGGGCCAGCUGUACGGUGCGCUGCAAACCCUGCAAACGCACGUGGCCCUGUGCUCCAGCGAGAUGGGCGUCGAGAUCGGUUUGGCUACGGCCGAAGUGACGUCGAAGAUUGCACUCUGCACGGCGCUCCCCCCGUCAUAAGAGUGGGCAUUCCUCGUGCGCGAUGAUCAACGGACGACGGGCGAUGUUCCGAAAAUGUAGAGAAAUACAUUAGAGACAGUACUAGUUUCGCA